UUGCUCUCUGAGGAGCUGCCACUGGCUGCCAGAUGACCUCAUCCAGGAGGCGGGGCCACUCUGACACCCAAAGGAGGAUCUUAAAAGGAUCCGAGACAUGGGCUGCUAAAGCACAGCACAGGAGGAGCAGUUGUUCCUUUUGGGAGGGCAGUACAGCUAUAAAUGAUUAUUUCUGUUACCUAACACAGAAGUAUAGCAAAUAAGUAGCAAAAAUGCCGCAGAAUGUAGCUUUGCAAGGUCCGGCCCCUUGGGGAUUCAGACUGACUGGUGGAAAGGAUUUUAAUCAGCCAUUGACCAUAUCAAGGAUUACCCCAGGAAGCAAGGCCUCACUAGCCAACCUUUGCCCUGGUGACAUUAUUCUUUCCAUUGAUGGUGUAACAACAGAAAGCAUGACUCAUUGUGAAGCUCAGAAUAUAAUCAAGGAUUCCACAAAUCAACUGAAUCUGAAGAUCGAGAGGCCAGAAACCAAGCUUUGGUCUCCUCAAGUCACAGAAGGUGGUAAAGCCCAUCCUUUUAAAAUCAAUUUGGAAGCUGAACAGCAGGACCUAGGCUACUUCGAACACAAGUUUAAUGUCAGACCAAAACCAUUCGUAGUCUCAGGCCAAAGCAGUGGAUGCAAGAAGCACCCCCGUGUGGUCACUCGCAUCAUCACCCCCAGCGAUUUAAAGGUUGCAAUGAAAGAGUCUCCUCAAAAGACCUGGGUGGCAGAGCUGCCAGGGCUUAGGAUUCAACAUGCCCAAUUUAACUCCCCCAUACAAUUGUACUCAGAUGCCAAUAUUAUGAACUCUCUAUAUGGACAGGCGUCUUCCACUUUAACUGAAAAACCUGCUUUCAGUGUUGAACCAGAGCCAUCGAUUGAGCAGUCACACGUGUACAAAAUGCUUCAGGAGAAUCAGGAUGAAUACCAUGAGCCUCGGCAGUCGGGCUCCUUCAGAGCUCUGCAGGAUUACGUGGAGGACGAUCCUGGUUCUCGUCCCACUGUCACUAGAAGUGUGAGAGCUCCCAUCACAAAGGUUGGUAGACCUACCGGAAGUGUUCAGAAGCUGCCGUUGUGCGACAAAUGUGGCAAUGGGAUUGUCGGGACCAUUGUGAAGGCCCGUGACAAGUUUCGCCACCCCGACUGCUUUGUGUGCUCUGACUGUAACAUGAAUCUGAAGCAGAAGGGCUACUUCUUUGUGGAGGGACAGCUGUACUGUGAGACCCACGCGAGGUCUAGGAUGAGGCCUCCAGAGGGAUAUGAUGCAGUCACUGUUUACCCUACAGCCUAAACAUCUUGCUUAUUGGAAGUACUCCUUCAGAAUCCAUUGAGAUUAACAUUAGCAGGAAUGUGCAGCAUGGUACAUUACACUAUAUAAACAUUGUUACAUUUUGGUUCAAUGCAAAACAUACAAGAGAAUGCUCCACUUAUAGUUAGUAAUUGCUACAGAAUACAAGGGUCAACUAAAAGCCUAUCUUGUUCAGAGUGUACACACAUGCAUGUUAUUUCAGUCUGCUACAUAAUUAUCUGGAUAAGCAAGUAAACCCUAGCCAGUGCAUAUUUCGUAGCUUACAACUGUGCUAAGACUACAAUGAACUUAAAGAAAGUGUUUGUACAACAGUACCUUCAAUGUUCCAUAUAAAAAAUAAGUAUUUUCUUCAAGUAUCUUAUACUGCUAAAUUAACAUUUAUAUACAUAUUUAGAUAAACAGAUAUGCAAUUAGUAUGCAAUGGAAUUAAUAGAAACAGUUUAGGUCUGUAGUCUUCUUAGCUGUAUAGUGUAUAAUGUAAUUGUAGUAUUUUCACGCACUUACACCACAGUAUGGUUUCUCACUUAUUUUCCUCUUUCUCUAUGUACAAAAUGUUUAUGUAAGGAGGAUAUGUGACUACUGAAAAUAGCUUACUAUUAUCUAUUUAUUUCUUCAAUAAAAGCUAAGUGUUGUGUUAUAA